AUGCCUACAUUGAAUCAAUUGAUUCGUCAUGGUAGAGAAGAAAAACGGCGCACGGACCGUACUCGAGCUUUGGAUAAAUGUCCCCAGAAGCUAGGAGCAUGCCCGACGGAGAAGAUCGUUGUAGCUAACUGCGGCGAUUCCAGAGCAGUUCUCUGUAGGAAUGGAAAACCAGUUCCUCUAUCCACAGAUCACAAGCCGGAUCGUCCUGACGAGUUGGAUCGGAUCCAUAAAGCAGGGGGGAGAGUGAUAUACUGGGAUGGUCCAAGAGUCUUAGGCGUGUUAGCCAUGUCACGAGCCAUAGGUGAUAAUUACUUGAAACCAUACGUGAGUUCGGAGCCGGAAGUUACUGUGACGGACCGGACCGAAGAAGAUGAGUUUCUUAUUCUAGCGAGCGACGGAUUAUGGGACGUGGUGACGAACGAGGCGGUGUGCGCGAUGGUGCACAUGUAUCUUAACAAAAGAGGUGGUGGCCGUGGAAGGCGACGAGAAACUCAGGACGAGUGUAGUGACGGGAAAGAGGAUGAGAAGGUGGUGGUGGGGUCGAGCAAGAGCGGGAAGAAAGGAGAGAUCACGAACAAAGCAUGCACGGAGGCGUCAGUGUUGUUGACGAAGCUGGCGUUGGCUAAGCAUAGUAGCGACAACGUAAGCGUCGUGGUCGUUGAUCUCAGAAGAAGAAGAAAAAGACACGUUGCUUGAGCUGACACUAAUCUAUCUCA